AACACGUGACCACACUCUUCCGGUCUGGUGGGCAGAGUCCUGCUGGGAGCAUGGCUGCCGUUGUGCCAGUUACGGUGGAGUUGGGCUUCGUUGAGGAGGCACCGGCCUGGAGGCUGCGCAGCGAGCAGUUUCCAAGCAAAGUGGGCGGGCGGCCUGCGUGGUUGGCCCUGGCGGAGCUGCCCGGACCUGGGGCGCUGGCGUGCGCGCGUUGCGGCCGCCCGCUCGCCUUCCUGCUGCAAGUGUACGCACCGCUUCCGGGUCGGGACGAAGCCUUCCACCGUAGCCUCUUUCUCUUCUGCUGUCGAGAGCCGCUGUGUUGCGCCGGCCUGCGAGUUUUUCGUAAUCAGCUACCAAGGAAAAAUGCAUUUUACUCAUAUGAGCCCCCUUCUGAAACGGGAGCUUCGGAUACAGAAUGUGUGUGCCUCCAACUUAAGUCUGGAGCUCAUCUCUGCAGGGUUUGUGGUUGCUUGGCCCCUAUGACAUGCUCUAGGUGCAAACAGGCACAUUACUGCAGCAAGGAACAUCAGACAUUAGACUGGCAGCUCGGCCACAAGCAGGCUUGUACACAGUCAGACCAUUUAGACCAUAUGGUUCCAGACCAUAACUUCCUGUUUCCAGAAUUUGAAAUUGUAACAGAAACAGAAGACGAGAUUGGGCCUGAGGUGGUGGAAAUGGAGGAUUACUCUGAAGUUAUAGGAAGCAUGGAGGGAGUACCUGAGGAAGAACUAGAUUCCAUGGCAAAGCAUGAAUCCAAGGAGGAUCACAUAUUCCAAAAGUUUAAAUCCAAAAUAGCCCUUGAACCAGAGCAGAUUCUCAGGUAUGGAAGAGGUAUUAAACCCAUCUGGAUUUCUGGUGAAAAUAUUCCUCAAGAAAAAGAUAUUCCAGAUUGCUCAUGUGGUGCCAAGAGAAUAUUUGAAUUCCAGGUCAUGCCUCAGCUGUUGAACCACCUAAAGGCAGACAGACUGGGUACAAGUGUGGACUGGGGCAUCUUGGCUGUCUUCACCUGUGCUGAGAGCUGCAGCCUGGGCAUCGGGUACACAGAAGAAUUUGUGUGGAAACAGGAUGUGACAGAGACACCGUGAAAGGUGUUAAAUUCUUAAAAAUAAAUGUUCCUUAUGCCUCACUACCUCACAA